CUUAUGGUAGGCGCGCAUGCGCGAGUCUGUCAGCUCUCUGUUAGAUUACAGCGUGUUUAUCAUUUAAUUCGCUUUGUUUUUGGGCGUUUAUUUCUCCUAAUGGAUAUAGACGGUGGAACGUAUGAACCAGGAUUUGUCGGAAUCCGCUUUUGUCAAGAAUGUAACAACAUGUUAUACCCUAAAGAAGACAAGGAGAACCGCAUUCUGCUAUAUGCGUGCAGGAAUUGUGACUACCAGCAAGAAGCUGACAACAGCUGCAUCUAUGUCAAUAAAAUCACCCAUGAAGUUGAUGAAUUGACCCAAAUCAUUGCUGAUGUAUCUCAGGAUCCAACACUGCCCAGGACAGAGGACCACCCUUGUCCCAAAUGUGGCCACAAAGAGGCAGUGUUCUUCCAGUCUCACAGUAUGAAUGCUGAGGAUGCUAUGAGGCUGUACUAUGUCUGCACAGCACCUCACUGUGGACAUCGUUGGACAGAAUAAUUGUGAAACAUCUGCAGUGUACCCAAAUAAAAUGCUCCAAGUUACAGCUUAGACAUCUUUAAAUGUAAACCCACACUGUGAAUUGUAGGUAUUCAUUUAUGCAUUUUGUUUUGAUUUAGUAGCUCUGCUAACCACUUAAUUAUCAGUAUUUAAUAACUGUCAAGAUUGUCAGACACCAACUUGUGAAUAUGUAAUUUUUUUGAAUGUACUUUUCAGUUUUUAAAAAAAAAGAUUAAACAAUUCAGUUAUUA